AUGGAUUUUCAGAUGGGUUCGAAUUACGAAAGCUUGGUAGACAUGUGUUCUGGCUCGUUGAUGAGCCAAAUCCGGACAUUUAAUGAAGAACAGCUUCGAUUAUUACUUGAUCAGGAGAGCAAAUUGGAUGCUAUGAUUGAGCAAAUGCCUCAGGUAGAAUUUUUAAAUUAUUUUUUGAUUUUUAGGAUGUAGUUGAGAUGGGUAAUCUAUUUUGAUCGGAUUUUAGAUAUUAAUGGCUAUUUUUCUUGGCGAAAUUUUAGGAAACAUUAGAGUACACAUUGUUUUAGCUUUUAAAAGUAAUUUUUCGGGUUUUCAAUUGGUUUUAAUUCACAUUUUACGUGGUGUUGUUUUAGUUAUUGCCUUUCUCAAGGCAGCUUUGGAACUCGAUUUUUUUAUGUUAAUGGUAAUGUAUUUAAGCAAAAAUUACAAAUAAGUUAGAAUAAACAUUUAAAAAAACAUUUAUUGUUAAUUUGCUAACUUUUUUUCGUAUUUUACUACAUAUUUUUUUAGUUCUCCACGCUGAAGUCGGACAAGGAAAUGAGGCUAAUAAUGUGCAAAAGCUUGGCUGAAUCCAAUGUAGCUAUGGAACCAAAGUUCAUACAAGACAAGGAGAACCUAAAUCAGACAUUACGAGAAGUUCGAGGUUUAAUCGCGCAAGUCAAAUCGAUGGAAAAGGAAGUUGGGGAUGAUAAUGGGCCUGAAAACCUGGAAACAACGAGCGCUUUGUUACAGUCGGCGGCUCAAACUGUUGAGGAUGAAAGCGAGGUAUGUUUUUGAGCUUUAGUUUCUUGUUUUAGGCAAUAAAAGUGCUAUUUUGAACCUCAACAGAGGUGAAACGGACUUAAAAGGCUUAUAUGAUUUCUAGUGCAAUAUAACUUUUGAUCUUUUCUUUGCUUUUUGCUAAACUCUUUAUUAAAUCUAUUUUUAAUUUGGACUCUGGAAUCUAUUGAAGAAUUGUUUUAAGAAUAUUUAGGCAGUAAACUCACUAAAAUAUUGUUUUAGAGGCUUUCCGACCAACUCCAGGACGGUGACCUUGAUGUAGAUGAAUUUAUCAAGGAAUUCGAAAAGAAACGUGUUUAUUUUCACUUACGAAAGAUUAAGGCCGAAAAGCUGAUUGAAUUAUCAAGGAAGCCCGCAUAUGAUCCUCAGACAGGUGGCUCUCGACCUUAUUCACAACCAAUCUAUCCUCAUCCAGCUAGUGGUUAUCGACAGGUUGGAGCCUUUAUGUAUCCUACGCCAGGCUACAGAACUUCAAAUUUUAUGUAA